AUGGAACAAAGCAGGACGCUACUGCUGAGGCUGAACGAUGACGGUGAGCCCGUCACAAGCAGCUCGUAUGGGCACGGUGUGCUCACAUUGCCCUCGCUGCCGCUUCCAGAGGGCGCCCCCGAGGGCACGCCGCUGUACACGGUCCGGCUGCUUGUGGCCGCGGGCGCUCCCGUUGCUAGGGACGGGCUUGUCUGGACUAACGUGCCCGAGACCCCGCAGGACGAGUUCCAGAGAAACAAGUUCCACAAGAAGAUUAUCAAGUCAAGCUUCCACAAAGACGACCAGGUGGAUAUUCCAGUGUACAAGCCGGGACCUUACUGUUUCUACCUCUCCUUCAGAAACUUGCACGAGGAGUUGGAGACCACGAGGAAGUUCUACUUCGUAGUGCUGCCAGUGAUGAAGAUUAAUGGUCGAUUCCUUCAAUUGAACUCUAUCGCCAUGCAAAGUGUCAUUUCCAAGUGGAUGGGGCCCCAACUCAGCGACUGGGAUAAAGUGUUUGAGAAAGUCUCGAACAAGAAGUACAACAUGGUCCACUUCACACCGCUGCAGUACAGGGGGGAGUCCAACUCGCCAUACUCCAUCUUCGACCAGCUGCAAUUCGACCCAGAAAUCUUUAAGGGGGACGAAGACGUUGCGAAAAUGGUCCAGAAACUUCACGAGAAGUAUAACAUGUUAUCCUUGACGGAUAUUGUGUUCAACCACACGGCCAACAAUUCUCAAUGGCUGCUAGACCACCCAGAGGCCGGCUACAACCACAAGACUGCCCCUCACUUGGCAGCUGCCAUCGAACUGGACAAGUCCCUACUCGAAUUCUCAGAGAACUUGAAGAACUACGGCUAUCCAACGGAACUCAAGUCCGUAGACGACCUGUUCAAAGUCAUUGACGGGAUUAAGAUUCACGUCUUGGGAGAUCUCAAAUUGUGGGAAUUCUACACUUUAAACGUGAAAAAGAUAAAGGCUCAGGUCAAGGACCAAUGGGACUCCGUAGCUGCACCUUCAACUGAUGACGGCGAGGGGGAAUACGAAAAGAUCGAUGACAUUGUCCGUCUGGGACAGUACACGGCAGAGAAGGCCACAGACCCGGAGACUUUCCGCGUUUUGGGACACAGAUACGGGAAGACACUCGACUUGUCCGUGCUCAUCGGCAUCUUGAAGACCAAUUUCGGACAAGAGUUUACAGCUGACGUAGACGAUAAAGUCGGGAAGAUCCUGGACGAGAUAAAUCUGCCCCUGUACAAGGAGUACGACGAGGAUGUCAACGAAAUCUUAGAACAACUGUUUAACAGAAUCAAGUACUUGAGACUCGACGGGAACGGACCCAGACAAGGUGAAGUCACGAAGGAGUUGCCCCUGACAGAACCUUAUUUCACCAGAUUCACCGCCAAGGACGGCGAGGAGUACGCUCUCGCUAACAACGGCUGGAUAUGGGACGGGAACCCACUGGUAGACUUCGCUUCCAGCCAGUCCAAGGCAUACAUCCGCAGAGAGGUCAUUGUCUGGGGGGACUGUGUCAAGUUGAGAUACGGCUCCGGACCAGAGGAUUCCCCUUACCUAUGGGAGAGAAUGUCCAAGUACAUCGAGACCAACGCUACUAUCUUCGACGGGUUCAGAAUCGACAAUUGCCACUCGACACCUUUGCAUGUCGGCGAGUACUUUUUAGAUCUAGCUAGAAAGUUCAACCCAAAUCUGUACGUUGUGGCAGAACUGUUCUCAGGGUCUGAAGAAAUGGACUGUCUGUUUGUACAACGUCUCGGUAUUUCCUCUUUGAUCAGAGAAGCCAUGCAGUCGUGGUCCGAGGAGGAACUGUCCCGCCUAGUGCACAAACACGGUGGCAGACCUAUUGGCUCCUACAAAUUUGUACCCUUGGAUGAUUUUCCAUACCCGGCUGAUGUCAAGAUCGAUGACGAAUACUGUAUGUAUAACGAGGGCGACCAUGCAAUGAAGUGUGUCUCCGAAAUCAUGAUUCCUAAGACUUUGACCGCUACUCCACCUCACGCACUGUUCAUGGAUUGCACUCAUGAUAACGAAAUGCCUUUCCAGAAGAGAACCGUCGAGGAUACUUUGCCGAAUGCAGCAUUGGUCGCGUUAUGUUCCUCCGCUAUUGGGUCUGUGUAUGGGUACGAUGAAAUAUUCCCAUCCCUGUUGAACUUGGUCACUGAGACGAGAAGAUAUGAAGUGAAACAAGAUGACGGGAUUAGCAAAGUGAAGUCCAUGUUGAACGAGAUUAGAGAGUCUGUUGCACAGAAAUCCCUGGACAUCGAGGACUCCGAGAUGCACGUCCACCACGAAGGCCAAUACAUCACCUUCCACAGAUCCGAUGUUAAGAGCGGGUCUGGCUGGUACUUGAUCGCUAGAAUGAAAUUUAACGACAACGUUGGGGACCAAACUCUACCCCCCGUGGUUCUCUCGCAAUCGAAGUGUACUCUGAAGUUCGCGUACACAUUAGAAAAGAUUGGAAGCUUGAAGGACACAGAAUCGGACAGUACAUUGAAGGGCAUUCCAACUAAAUUGAGGGAUUUGACCGGGUUCAAAGUUGACUACAACGAUGACAAUGAAACAACCACCAUUGUAACUCCUGGCGAUUUCCCUCCAGGUUCUAUUGCAGUCUUCGAAACUCAGCAGAAUGGAGUAGAUGAGUCGCUGAACCACUUCAUCAGAUCUGGUGCCAUAAAGGCCACUGCGAAUUUGUCCUUGGAAUCCUUAAACUACAUUUUGUAUCGUUGCGAAAACGAGGAAAAGGACAGCAGUCUAGGCAAGGAGGGUACUUAUGGAGUUCCAAAUUUUGGCAAUCUUAUCUACAGUGGGCUGCAAGGCUGGGUAUCUCUUCUACGCGAUAUCAUCUUCUCGAACGAUUUGGCCCAUCCUAUGAGUGAAAACCUGAGAAACGGUAACUGGGCCAUGGACUAUGUUGUUGGUCGUUUGGAUUACUAUGAUGACGCUGCAGGGGUUAAGGACGUCCAAGAAUGGUUACGCAGUAGAUUCGAAAGAGUCAAGCAAGUUCCAACCUUUAUCAGACCCAGCUGUUUUGCUUUGGUCGUUGGUAUCUUGUACGGUUGUUGCCGUCUGCGUGCCAUGCAGUUAAUGUCAUCGAACAUCGGCAACGCUACUGUCUUUGUUCAAAGUUUGGCCAUGACAUCCGUGCAAAUGGUUUCUACUUUGAACUCCACGUCCAUCUUACCAGACAAGCAGGUCCCCGCAAUGGCUGCUGGUUUACCCCAUUUCAGCACCAAUUAUAUGAGGUGUUGGGGGAGAGACGUCUUCAUCUCUCUAAGAGGGUUGCUAUUGACUACUGGUAGACAUGAGGAUGCCAAAAUGCACAUUCUGGCAUUUGCCAAGACAUUGAAACAUGGUUUGAUUCCAAACUUGCUGGACGCUGGUAGGAACCCACGGUAUAACGCCCGUGAUGCUGCCUGGUUUUUCUUGCAAGCAAUCCAAGACUAUGUCGACAUUGUUCCUCAUGGUGAAGACAUUUUGAAGGAAAAGGUAAGCAGACGGUUCCCCAAAGAUGAUCGGUACGUUGCUCUGGAGGACAAUGAGGCCUUCAGUUACAGUUCCACCAUCGAGGAGGUGAUCUAUGAAAUCUUGAGCAGACACGCCAAAGGUAUCAAGUACAGAGAGGCAAACGCGGGCCCUAACCUGGACCGUGUCAUGUCUGAUAAUGGGUUCAACGUCGAGGUGCACGUGGACUGGUCCACUGGUUUGAUUCAUGGUGGUUCGCAGGAUAACUGUGGUACGUGGAUGGAUAAGAUGGGUGAGAGUGACAAGGCAGGGCUCGGUCGGUGUCCCCGGUACCCUAGAGACGGUGCAGCCGUGGAGAUCAAUGGGUUAUUGAAGAGUACAUUGAGGUUUGUUCUUGACUUGCACUCGAAGGGCCUGUUUGAACACACUGAGGUAGAAAAGGCUGACGGCGGGAAGAUCGCAUUGAAGGAUUGGAACCAGCUAUUGCAGGAUAACUUCGAGAAGAAGUUCUACGUGCCAGAAAACGCGGACGACGACGCACAGUAUGAGGUGGAUCCCAAGAUUGUAAACAGAAGGGGUAUAUAUAGAGACUUGUACCACUCGGGUAAGCCGUUUGAGGACUACCAACUGAGACCUAACUUUGCAAUUGCGAUGGUUGUUGCUCCUGAAUUGUUUACUCCGGAGUACGCGUGUCGGGCGAUUAACCUUGCUGACGAAGUGCUUAGAGGACCUGUUGGUAUGCGCACUUUAGACCCGAGCGACUACAACUACCGCCCAUACUACAACAACGGCGAGGACUCGGAGGACUUUGCGACGUCGAAGGGCAGGAACUACCAUCAGGGUCCUGAAUGGGUAUGGUGCAUGGGCUACUUCCUGCGUGCGUUCCUUCACUUUAACUACAUGACGGACCCAAGGGCGCAGAACGAGCCAAAGACGAAACCAUCGUCGUACUUGUACCAGCAGCUAUACCACAGACUGCAGGGACACAGAGAGUGGAUCCGCAGCAGUCCCUGGGCUGGCUUAACCGAACUGACGAACAAGGACGGGGAGAUUUGCAACGACUCGAGCCCUACACAAGCUUGGAGCACGGGUUGUCUAUUGGACCUGUUCUACGAUAUCUGGGCUGCCUUUUCCGAGGAGAGCAAGGCCGAAAACUGA